AUGUCCAUAGCGUGCAUCAUCACUACCGCCGACCUCGCUCCGCUGGACACAGAAGGCUUCGAUGCUGUGAUAUUCCACACCCCGGAACAGCUCUCGAGGAUGUCUGAGUGGUGCGUCAAGACGCAUGGCGAGUCCGGUCUCACACAGGCAUGCCUGGUUUCGUCGACCAGUGCUGAAGAAGCUGCCACCAAACUUCUCGCAUACAUUAAACAUUACAUUCCCGAACCAGGCCGAGCUCUUUUGGCAGGAAACAGUAUCCACGCCGACCGUGCUUUCUUGGCUAUUCCACCUUGGAACGUCAUUCUGGAACACCUCCAUUACCGACUGUUUGAUGUCUCGGCCAUGAAGGAGAUGGUACGACGCUGGGCGAGUGAUUCGGUGCUGAUGGCGGCACCGAGGAAAGAACUCAAACAUACCGCCCGAGCAGAUGUGUUGGAGAGCAUCCAGGAGGCGCAGUAUUACAAGCGCUUCAUCGAGGGAAUGAGUCUGGGCAUACCCGAAUUUCGUCUUCCCUCAGUACCUGCAACGUCGAUGCCGAUCCAACCAGGGUCACAACCGCUGAUGCCCGCUCCCGGAACAAAGCAGGGCCAAGAAGCUCUCGAUAUGCUCCGCAACAGCGGCACAGCCAUAGGCGACGUUGGAAAUCUUGACCCAGGCUUCAGGACCGAUGUACCAUGA